AUGUCCCGGGGAAAGGAGGCCUCAGGAGGAGAUGGAGAGGCCGGGCAGGACCACACCGAACGCGGGGACUCGCUGCUGUGUCUGCGGCUUGCGCUGAGGGCCUGCACGUCCCAGGCCGAGCCCAGGGGAGACCUGUCCGCCUGCAGAGCUCUGUCCCCGGGUCACUUCAGGAGCGGACCCAGUGCUGCUCCAGGGAGGCUGGCGUCUCUCAGAACCAGGGACAUGACUCUGGUAGGGCCACCCAAAAAACCACGGAGAACAUUUGAACCGAAUGUCCACGUUGUAAGAAAGAGCAAAGAUGAACUUAAAGAACACACGACCACUUCCCCACAACAGCGGAGACCGGAGAGAGAGGAGAAGAGAAAAGAGCGAAGGGUAGUAAAGAGAGAGAAACCACGGACCAUUCAGUCUCACUCCAUCUUUGAGCAGGCUCCCGCUGCAGCCUGCACACGGAGAACAGGCCGAGGCAGUGGUCCGUGUGAGACCACCCUGUCCACUCAGCUAAAGCGUGAACCGCAGGACGACGGCCAGGCUGCUCUAGACAAACUCUACAGAGACGACUUUAUCGAUGAUCCAUCUCUGAGAAACUGCUCCAAGCUCACUCCCAUCCAGCUUCCCCUGAGACACACCCCCUCCCAGAGCACCACAGCUCACCCCACACGAGGCGGAGACGCAGCCGUGUGUGAGGCCAAGCAGCCGUCUCUGGUGGAACUCUUCAGGGAUCUACAGGUCUCCGACGCCAACGAGCUGUUUUUUAUGCAGCUUCCAGACUGCAUGCCUCUGAAAACUGUAACACCGAAAGCUCCAGACACUGCCGGACGUGGACCCUCAAAACCAGCCAGGAGAGAGAGCCUGCACCAGGGCAAGGCUGGGGAGAACGUGCAAACACAGGAACCGGUGCUGUCAGGUUUUUCCGAGGGCCUUCUGGGUAAACUGCAGCUUCGGAAAUCGGGAAAAGUUGUGUUAAAGCUGGGAGACAUCAGCAUGGACGUGACGGAGGGGGCGGCCUUCUCUUUCCUGCAGCAGCUGGUGUCGGUGCGUUUGUCCGAGGGCCGCUCCGGAGACAUGAUGGUCCUCGGGAACGUCAGUCACAAGCUGGUUUUGUCUCCUGUUUUUCAGACUCUAAUCGAUCAAUCGGAGACUAAGAAGCCGUAG